GUGUGCGAGACUCGGGGUGCCAUCAGAUCCAACAUAUUUAAUCUGAGCAGAAGAGAAUCAUAUGUAUUCCAGAGUGAAUUCUCCACUUGAAAACAAUUACACGUAUUCCAACCGGAGGGUCCUCCCCGAUCACACCCACCCACACGUAUUGCUGCCAUAAAGCUCCCACCCUGCGCUGUGCGUAGACGCGCGUCGCGAGAGCAUUGACUCUACUAGCAGCUAUCGUGGACGUGAAAGAAGAAGAAAAAAAUAGGAGAGGGAGCAGAGAGCAGCAGCAGCAAGAGGAGGAGGAGGCGGACACAACCAGGACUACAACACACCGAACGGACGAAAACAGAAGCUGGAUGAUAUCCGCAGCAGACCUGGAGCUCCGAGCCGCCGGAGAGACGACGUGGUGCGGAUAGUACCGCAGGAUAGCCUGAUUUUUUGUUUGUUUUCUUCCCCUCCCUCUGCUGCGGUGAAAGCAGCCCGGUCUGUCGGUCAGGAGGCGCGCGGCUCGCCUGCUCUUCCUCGUCAGAAAAGAGGAAGGUUUAGGGAGACGCGGACUGAAGGAGUUGGGAUGUCCUGAGUUAGCCCUCCGGUCCCAGAGAGCAGUUUGCCGAUGGGACCUGCUGCUCCACCAUGAGCUUACAAGAUGGCGGCUGCAGCUACGCCAGCAGCGCCAACCUGGCCACUAUUACAGGCAGCAUGCGGCGGCGCCUGGAGGACCAGGAGUUCACCCUGCGCGUCUAUCCGGGCUCGCUGGCCGAGGGCACCAUCUACUGCCCGGUCGCCGCUCGCAAAAACACCACCGCCGCCGAGGCCAUCGAGUGCCUCAUCGAGCGCCUGCGCCUGGAUCGCACCAAGUGCUACGUGUUGGCCGAGGUGAAGGAGUUCGGUGGGGAGGAAUGGAUCCUCAACCCGGGAGACUGCCCAGUUCAGCGCAUGAUGCUGUGGCCGAGGACCGCCCUGGAGAACCGCAGCGGCCUUGGCAGUGGCGAAGACUAUCGCUUCCUGCUGCGAGAGAAGAACCUGGACGGGUCUAUCCACUACGGUGGCAGCUUGCAGAUGUGGCUGCGGGUGACGGAGGAGCGGCGGUGCAUGGUGGAACGGGGUUUCCUACCCCAGCCCGCCGGGAACGACCCGCCGUCAGACCUGUGCACUCUCCCGGAGCUGACCGAGCGCGCCCUACUGGAGAGCCUGCGCGCCCGCUUCAGGCAGGAGAAGAUCUACACUUACGUUGGGAGUAUUCUUAUCGUGAUCAACCCUUUCCAGUUCUUGCCGAUCUACAACCCGAAGUACGUCAAAUUAUACGACAACCACAUGCUGGGGAAGCUGGAGCCGCACAUUUACGCCGUGGCGGACGUGGCGUACCACGCCAUGUUGCAGCGACGGAAAAACCAGUGCAUCGUGAUCUCCGGCGAAAGCGGAUCGGGCAAAACGCAGAGCACCAACUUCCUCAUCCAUCACCUGACCGCCCUCAGCCAAAAGGGGUUCGCAAGUGGCGUGGAGCAGAUCAUCCUGGGAGCAGGACCCGUUUUGGAGGCUUUUGGGAACGCCAAGACGGCGCACAACAACAACUCCAGCCGCUUCGGGAAGUUCAUCCAGGUCAACUACCAGGAGAGCGGCACCGUCAGAGGAGCUUAUGUGGAGAAAUAUCUGCUGGAGAAAUCCCGCCUGGUGUACCAGGAGCACAACGAGAGGAACUACCAUGUGUUUUACUACCUGCUGGCUGGAGCCAGUGAGGACGAGAGGAAGGCUUUCCACCUGCUCAAACCAGAGGAGUACCACUACCUUAACCAGAUGACAAAGAGACCACACAAACUCCACUGGGACAAUUUCUAUGAGUCUGAGCUGGUCAGUAUCGCGCCAACUUGUUUUGAAGUGGAAGGAAAAAGACUGUUUCACCGUGAGGAAGAGCUGAAACUGCAGCUGCAUAUGGAGAUGGUCGGGUUCCUACCGUCCACCCGCAAACAGAUUUUCUCCCUGCUGUCCGCCAUCCUGCACCUGGGGAACAUCCGUUACAAGAAGAAGACCUACAGGGACGACUCCAUCGACAUCUGUAAUCCAGAGGGGCUGCCCAUCGUCUCGGAGCUGCUGGAGGUGAAAGAGGAGAUGCUACUUGAAGCCCUGACGACCAGGAAGACGGUGACCGUCGGAGAGAGGCUCAUCGUUCCCUACAAACUAGCAGAGGCCAACACAGUGAGAGACUCGAUGGCCAAGUCUCUGUACAGCGCGCUGUUUGACUGGAUCGUGUUCAGGACGAACCACGCCCUGCUCAACAACAAGGACCUGGAGGACAGCUCAAAGAUCCUCUCCAUAGGAGUGCUGGACAUCUUUGGCUUCGAGGAUUAUGAGAACAACAGCUUCGAACAGUUCUGCAUCAACUUCGCUAACGAGCGCCUCCAACACUACUUCAACCAACACAUCUUCAAGCUGGAACAGGAGGAGUACCGGGCUGAGGGCAUCACGUGGCACAACAUUGACUACAGCGACAACAGCGGCUGCCUCAACCUCAUCAGCAAGAAACCCACGGCUCUGUUCCACCUGCUGGACGAGGAGUGCAAUUUCCCCCAGGCCUCCAAUCAGACCUUGCUGGACAAGUUCAAGCGUCAGCAUGAAGGAAACAGCUACAUCGAGUUCCCCGCCGUCAUGGAGCCCGCCUUCAUCAUCAGACACUACGCUGGUAAAGUCAAGUAUGGAGUCAAGGACUUCAGGGAGAAGAACACUGACCACAUGAGGCCCGACAUCGUCGCCUUGUUGAAGAGCAGCAAGAACGCCUUCAUCUGCGGCCUGAUGGGGAUCGACCCGGUGGCAACCUUCCGCUGGGCCGUGUUGCGGGCCUAUUUCAGAGCCGUUGUGGCUUUCAGGGAGGCCGGCCGCAGACACACCCACAGCAAAACAGGGAAUGAUGCAGCUGUCCCCUGCGCUGUAGUCAAAACUGUUGACAGCUUCAGCUUCAUUCAUCACCCGGUUCACCAGCGGAGCCUUGAGAUCCUUCAGAGAUGUAAAGAUGAAAAAUACAGUAUCGCUCGUAAGAAUCCACGAACGCCUUUGUCGGCUCUUCAAGGCACCAACGCCCUGAAUGAGAAGGCCAGCUGGGAUGGCUACGGCGUUGGGUGCAACGGUCGCAGCUCGCGAUCGGGUUGCGUCUCGUCAUCAGGAAGCCCUGCCCUGGAGGAAGAGGGCAUCUUCCUGAACUCAGGCAGCAGCAAGCUCCUGGAGAGAGCUCAGGGUAUCCUACUGAGAAACAAAAACUUCAAAAGUAAACCAAGCCUUCCCAAGCACUUGUUGGACGUGAAGUCUCUGCGCUAUCUGAGCAGCGUGACGCUCCAUGACCGCAUAACCAAGUCUCUGCUCCACCUGCACAAGAAGAAGAAGCCGCCCAGCAUCAGCGCUCAGUUCCAGGCGUCCCUCACCAAGCUGAUGGAGACUCUGGACCAAUCAGAGCCGUACUUCGUCAAGUGCAUCCGCUCCAAUGCAGAGAAGCUGCCGCUGCGCUUCAACGACAGCCUGGUGCUCAGGCAGCUGCGCUACACCGGAAUGCUGGAGACGGUCCGGAUCCGCCAGUCGGGAUACAGCAUCAAGCACACCUUCCAGGAGUUCGUUCGCCAUUUUCAUGUGCUGCUGCCUCGAGGAACGAGCCCCACCAAGUCCGGGAUCCGAGAAUUCUUCAGACGGAUCCACCUGCCUCCCGCCGGGUACCAAGUGGGCCACACAGUGGUGUUCCUGCGCGAGGCGGAGCGCCAGCGUCUGCAGACCCUCCUCCACCAGGAAGUGCUGAGGCGAAUCGUCAUGCUGCAGCGCCGCUUCAGAGCCGUCCUGGAGAGGAGACACUUUGUCAGCAUGAGGCGAGCAGCGCGCGUCAUCCAGCGAUGGUGGCGAUCGUGUCUCCUCACACAAUCUGGCGUGGACUCGAGCGUUGAGGAGGCGGCGGCGAUGUGUCUGCAGUCAGCGUGGCGCGGAUACAGGGAGCGCAGGCGGUUCCUGCAGCAGCGGGCGUCCGCCGUCACCAUACAGCGCAGCUGGAGGAGCUGCCGCCGGCGCCGCUGCACCCAGGCGGCCGUAGUCAUCCAGACUGCCUGGAGGCGGGUCAUGGAGAGGGACCGGUUCUGUAGGGCGCGCAGCUCCGUGACUCAGCUGCAGGCUGUCGGCCGGGGAUACCUGGCUCGAGUCAGGUUUAAACUCCUAAGGGAGCAGAGUGAAAUGCUCAGCAGACGGCCGAGGCCUGACACAGAGACGGACGCGGGGAACUUGGAGGACUUGGUCCCAUCAGGACUGGACGUUUCUGUUAGCGCAGACUCUUCUGAGGAACCUGAUCCCACCAAGAUGGACCGAGAUGAGGACUCUGAGCGAUCCAGGAGCAUGGAUGAAAUGAGCCACAAGAACCGGUCGAAGCGGGAGAGCAGGCGCAUGAGAGAACUGGAGCAGGCCCAGUUCAGCUUGGAGCUCCUCAAAGUCCGAACCACCAGCAAGGAGGGUUCUCUCCCAGAAGACGCCACCGCCGACAGCAGCCUCGCUCAGACGGAUGACCGCCAUCAAAGACUCUCGCCACAGGGAUCCCUGGCUAGUCACGGCAGUUUUGAGAUGCUCAGCGUGGACGAAAUGGAGACGGAAGGAAGACCUCUGCAAAUUCUCAGAGAUUCGAACCACAAUGAGCAAACAGUGAAGGAGCUGAGGUCAGCGGGACCACGGGCGACGUUUUACAUCCCUUCGGACCAGAGUCCAGUUAAUAAACCCAAACUGGGAAGUCCUGGGAGAUCCAUCAAAGAUAGGAAGGAGUCGGUUUCCCGAAGGCCUGUGGUGGUGUUGAUCAGCAUGCAGAAAGAGAGUCCUGUGGAGGAGGGGGAGCUGCUGGCAGCUCACACCCUAGAAGGGGCUUCUCAAACGGGACCAUUUGACUCCUCUACAAUACCCAGUGAAGGUGUAGGUGCACCCACACACAAGAAGCAACCCACUGAAGUCUUUCCCCACGCAAAGAAAGAUGUAGCUGGGGCGGAGAAGCCCUCAAAGCCUCCAACUCAAGCACUACGAGGAGAGAACCCAGAGGAACCAGCACUUUGUCCCCCAAAGGUGGACGUCCAGAUCGGCCAAAAGUCUGGUGUGUCCACUGUUCUUCCAGGUAAGCAGGAAAGGAAGACGGUUCGUCCUGCACAGGAGGCUCCCAGCCCGAUACUGGACACCAAGCCGCCAAAAGCCCAGAAGAAGAGCUCCGCUCAGACUGUGAUCGUGAACAUGGUGGAGAAACCGUCCAGCACUGUGUUCUCUCCACCCAGACGCAAGCUGCCUUUCUCCAAGUCGGAUAAGGAUUUGGUGAACCAGGAGAGAUCUCUCUCUCUUUCUAUGCACAGAGACGACUCUAAAUCUGCUGGAUCCAGAAACAGAGAGCAGGUGGGCCGCCCCGGCCCCAAAAAGAAAGCCCGAAUGUCCCGGACGCGCUCCGACUUCCUGACCCGCUGUAACUCGGAGGGGGCCACCCAGUCGGACGACGACGACGAAUACUACAUCCCCGCACACUCCUGCACGCUGCCCCCCUCCCUGUCUCCCCCACGAGCCCGCCCCAGCACCGACUGUCACAGUGACUCCGAGAUGUCUCAUAAAGAGCAGAAGAAGAUCCAUAAGACCAUGUCAUCAGGGGACCUGGGCAAAGUGGAGAUCCUCAGGAAAUCUUCCAGUCAGGAUGGAAGGAUGAGAGGUAAGAUGCGUUUCUGGAGCAAGACGAAACACAGCGAGAAAAAACUGUCGAGGGAGAAGCAAACCAGCAGGAGUGAGGCUGGUGAGACGCAUGAAAGUGCGUCUCCUCCGAGGAGUCCGGAUUUGGAAGUGAUUCCUUCGCGGGAGAUCCAGGAGAACAAGGAGCCCUCUCCAAAGAUGAAGCGGCGCCGCAGCUUAAAGAUCAGCAGCAUCGCCGUGGAACCGGCCCAGUGGCAGAAUGACUCGCUGCACAUCCUCAGCUCGGCCCACGACUACCGCACCAUGAACGAAUUUCUCAUGAAGAAGAUCGCUGACUUGGACUCAGAAGAUAGUAAAAAGGACACCAUGGUAGAUGUUGUCUUCAAGAAAGCGCUGAAGGAGUUCAGGAUCAACAUCUUCAACUCGUACUCCACCGCCCUGGCUAUGGAUGAUGGGAGGAGUAUCCGGUACAAGGACCUGCACGCGCUGUUCGAGCACAUCCUGGAGAAGACCAUGCGUCUGGAGCAGAGGGACUGGAGUGAGUCGCCGGUGAAGGUGUGGGUCAACACCUUCAAGGUUUUCCUGGACGAAUUCAUGACCGAGUACAAACCCAUGGAGGGAACCAUCGGCAGGACUCUAAAGCGUGAACGCAAAAAAUCCAGGAAGAAAGAAACUGACAUCGUGGAAGAGCAUAAUGGGCACAUCUUUAAGUCCACUCAGUAUAGCAUCCCCACCUACUGCGAGUACUGCUCCUCCCUGAUCUGGAUGAUGGACCGCGCCUGCGUUUGCAAAUUGUGCCGCUACGCCUGCCACAGGAAGUGCUGCUCCAAGAUGACCACUAAGUGCAGUAAAAAGUACGACCCGGAGCUGUCGUCCCGUCAGUUUGGAGUGGAGUUGUCUCGUCUGACCAGCGAGGAGCGCGCCGUUCCCCAGCUGGUGGAGAAACUCAUCAACUACAUCGAGAUGCACGGCCUCUACACGGAGGGAAUCUACAGGAAGUCGGGCUCCACCAAUAAGAUCAAAGAACUCCGGCAGGGCCUGGACACAGAUGUGAGCAGCAUCAUUCUGGACGACUACAACAUCCACGUCAUUGCCAGCGUUCUCAAACAGUGGCUCCGCGACCUGCCCAGCCCGCUCAUGACCUUUGAACUGUAUGAAGAGUUCCUCAGAGCCAUGGGCCAACCGGACAAGCGGGAGGUGAUCCAAGGCGUGUACUCUGUCAUCGACCAGCUCAGCCGGACACACCUCAGCACCCUGGAGCGCCUCAUCUUCCACCUGGUCAGGAUUUCCCUGCAGGAGGAGACCAACAGGAUGUCCGCCAACGCUCUCGCCAUCGUCUUUGCUCCCUGCAUCCUCCGUUGCCCGGACACCAUCGACCCGCUGCAGAGUGUCCAGGACAUCAGCAAAACCACAGCGUGUGUGGAGCUGAUCAUCAACGAGCAGAUGAGCAAGUACAAAGCUCGUCUGAAGGACAUCAGCAGUCUGGAGUUUGCAGAGAGCAAAGCCAAGAGCAGGCUGACCCACAUCAGGAGGUCCCUGAACAAAGUUCGUGUUCGGCAAAGCGGCUCCCACAUCCCCUCGCCUCCUCUGAGCCCUAAAGCAGAAGGAGACGGAGUGGGAGGAGCCGGAGGAGGAGGAGGAGGAGAGGAGGCAGCAGGAGAAACGGGGAUCAACGAGCAGCAGCAGCAGGCCAUGCAGCAGGAGGAGCGGAUCCUCACGGAGCAGAUCGAGAGUCUGCAGAAAGAGAAGGAGGAGCUGACGUACGAGAUGUUGGUGUUGGAGCCACGCGCGUCCGACGACGAAACGCCUGAAUCAGAGGCAUCCAUCGGCACAGCGGACAGCUCUGAAAACAUCACCAUGGAAAUGGAAGGAGCCACAUCCGACCCCUCUGAACGCGGGACGUAUCGAUCGAGGAAGUCCGAGGCGAAGACCAGACGGACUCUGCGUCGUCAGCCGGACUCUCAGGACUCGGUCGACUCCGCCUCCACCACCUCAUCCUCCUACCAGCCCUCUUCCUCCCUCUCCUCCAUAGCCUCCGGUUCCCCAUCGCCCCACUACCGCUUCCGUUCGUCCUCCUCCGGGCCCCUGCUCACCUCCUGCGGCCUGGGGGCCCCGCUGGCGGAACCGGAGGACGGCCAAAGGACCGGAAAGACUCGGCUCAGGCUCAGGCUGAGCCGCAGCUCGCCACGCGACUCCUCGGGAGGCCAUCAGAGGGAGUCGGACUUCGGCCCGGGCCCACAGCAGCUGGUUCUGUACAGCAAUAAUGAGUUUAUGGUGUGAUGACGAGGUGGGUGACGAAGACUAACUGCUGCCGGUUUCUGAAGGGAAUCAUGGGAAGGUUCCAGGUUAGUGCGGAGGCCCUCCUCUUUGCCCAAUCCCCGUCACCCUCUGACCCAGUCGAAGCCGAGCGAAUUGGGGGAGUGACAAUGCGGAGGGACGCUGCGGCAAACGGCCAAGAGAAGCGGACUUGAUGAUCUGUGCAGACCAAUGUGAAGUUCGGACAUCUCAGUACUUUAUGCCCCCUGCAGGUGUACCAGGGGUCGCUUAAAGGAACAACAAGAGGGGGAAGAAAAGAUACUAUUGGGGUGGCGGUGUUACUUUAAACAAAUUCCUACAAAGCCAAAUCUUACGACGCCCCAUCUUUAUUUUUCAGCAGGUGGGUAAAACCACCGAGAAGAAAUGUAGCCAUACUGACUGAACUGGUGGAACCAGCGCCAAGCUAAUGUGCUUUUCAUCACGUUUACACAGGACACACCAACCAAGAGGCUGCACGCUUUUCCUCCACUCCUGUCCUUACAUCCCUUAGAACAGACUGUCAAAACUGUAUUAUUAUUAUUAUUGUUAUUAUUAUUAUUAUUAUGUUACAGAGGACGUAAAUGUACAUAGAGUCCAGUGCUGCUCCCCAUUGUUCCUGAUCUGUGUCCUUUUUUUUUUUUACCUUCGUAAAGUGAAGUGUCAGAAAUUCAGGUUCCACUUUCGUUCCCGUUCUGAUGCCGCUCGCUUUGCGGCCGUUUUUCCCGGAGCCAGUUUGGGAAGAGGCGAUGUUCUGUAUGUCAAUAUAGAGUGUCGAUUGGCCGGCCGCCAGGAAGUGUGUGUUUUUGUACUUGCCUUUUUGUUUUCAGCACAGGUUUAAUUUAGAAACAUCAGUGUUACUGCAUCAGGACUUGAAUUUUAUUUUAUUUUUUUCUUGUUAACUGUACGAUAUUGCUGUAUCAUAGGCGUUUAUUGAUAUCAAAGAUGUCAUGUUUUGUUAUGAUGAAAGCCAUUUUUUCUCUCUCUCUUUUUUUCUAACAUCUCCUUCACUUCUUUGCAUAUGUCGCCUCUCCUAUCCCUCAUUUUCCACUCUAGGAUUUCUCUCGGAAACGGCGACAACCGUUUCCGGUCACACUAACUGAGGGCGGGGCGUCCUAUCGCCUCGCGCUUACCGACACACUUUAACCGUCCAUUAUCUCCUCUGAGCCACUCAAACUGCUCCGCUCUUUCCCGUCUUAACCGUAGCUCUUCUCUAGCUCUCCUCUCCGGGUUCUCGCUGUGAAACGUAGCAUUUAAUCUGCCUGCUAACCAAAACAAGUAGCGACUAAUCCCACCCGCUCCGCGUGCGUGCGUACUCUUCCUCACCUCCUCUGUCUAUACCAUGACGUCAUCUCGCUAACUCCACUCAGUGUUCAUCAGCUGACCGGCCUCAGCGGUUUGCGGUACGUUGCGAAAGCCUCCGCGCCCCUCGAGCUUUUCCUGUCGCCGUACGGCCACCAAACUGCAGUGUGUUUUAUCCGAGCGAAGAUUGUUUCGACGAGAUUUUCUGUCUCGUUUUGUGUUUGAUUUGUGGAGCCGAAAAUAAAAUCCAUCCGGAUUUGUGGUCGUGAUGCAAGGCAAAGAUCUGAAAACGCUGCAGGGGUGCGAGUACUUCAGCAAGGCACUGUAAUUGUUUCUUUUUUUUUUUUUUUUAUAAAAAAUUAAAAUAAAUAAACAAUGUUAUAAAAUACAUUAACUGUAAACCUGUAAGGAUUAAAAGAAAAAGUGAAUCUGCUUCUGGAAGUGAGCUGAAAGAACAAAACCGCUCCUCGGUCAGUUAUCUUCACAGUAAUAUUUGUGGUGUGUUUCCAUAUGACAUUCUGGGAAAAAAACAAAAAAAAACAAAAAAAAAGGAUUUAAAACAGGAAAAAGUGAAUGUAACUGUCACUGGAAGGCAUGCCUCGCUUUCAGUCGUUGUUUUGUUCCUCUUUUAUACACAGUGUAUGUACUAUUUAUGAUCAUGGCAUUGCGAUGUACAUUAGUUGGAAAAAGAGUCUGUUAUAAAUAGGAUAUAUUAUCCUUUCAUUACCAAUUAUUAAUCAUGGCAACAUUUUUCUUUCCCUCCCCCCAACAGGCUACACCCGGUUCUGUCUUUUUGUUUGUUUUGUUGUUGUUUUUUUUUUCUUUGCGCAGGGAAAACUGAAAAAAAGAAGUGUUGCAAAAAAAAGUGGACAUAGUUAAGUAUAUAUAAAGUGCAAUUUGUGUUUUCUUUUUCAAAAUGAUUUAAACAUCUUUAUUGUUGUAAGGAGGAAAAAAAACUAUGGGGAAAAAUUUCAUCUGCUUAUUAAAAAAAUGGCAAAAAAAAAUUGCAGCCAACCAUGAGUGAGUAGUGUGAUUUCUUGGCACAGCCGGUUGCGUUAGUCUGUACUUGCUGCUAAUGCAAUAGCGUCUAUUGUUAGCGAAGACGC